UAGUCGGCGGCGUCAAUUUACCUUUUCCCAUCAAACAGAAAGAAGCAGCAUAUCCGUCCGCUGCGGAUUUAGUUCCGUGGGGAAAUUGUUAAUAAUUUUUAAUUCCGGAGUGAAAAGAACUCUCCGAACAAAAACAAACGCAGAUGGGAAAUAUCAUUUCUUCCACUUUUUUUCCUGUAAUUUGAAACUUCUGCUCAUUAGCAAUCAGGUGAUCCGGUCAAAUAUGCUGCCUGCUAUUAAACACGCAAGGUCUCGCCUGAGAUACUUCCGGAGUAUCUCAAACAAAGGAUACCACCAGGCAGAUGUAGUCAUCCUGCCUAAACAUUUGGCCGACGACUUUGAAGCCUUCUGUCACAGUAACUCUGCACCUUUACCACUCCUCUACCGCAGCCAAUCGGGUGACAGCUCAUUCCCACCUCUGGCUAAAGAUGCUGACAUCAGGACAGACGUGUCACAAUACAGAGUGUAUCAGGAUGGCGUCCUAGUGACAAAUGUCUCCAGCCUGCAGAAGGACGGUGCUUCAGUCAGGAGCACAGCAACACAGCCAGUAGGUCAUCGAGUCAAGUGGUCAGACAUGGUGUGUUUCCAUCUGGGCAGCAGCUUUGGUUUUGAGGACAUCUUGAAGAAAGCCGGAGUCGGCGUUGGUAAAAGUGUGGGCAUGUACAAGACUGCAGUUCCCUGUAUUAGAGCCGGGGUUUUCCGGUCCCCUCUUGUGGUGUCGAUGUAUCCGAUUCCACCUGAUAUGUUGGAGGCGGCAGUUCAGGUCUCUCACCGUAUCCCACAAGCGCACGGCGCCCCCGUGCACAUCGGCGAUACAGCUUUCCUUGGCAUACAGGAUCUAUCCAGACCGGACUACGGGGAUCGAGUUGAGCUACAGCCUUCGGAUGUUCCGGUCUUCUGGGCCAGUGGAGCGACGGCUGUAGAAGCAAUAAUCAGCAGCAAGCCAACGUUGGCAUUCAGUCGCUCACCUGGCAUGUUCUUGACUGACGCCCCCCUUCCCACUGACAACAAGGAACCCGAAGCCAUAAGCCCCCCUCCAGAGCUGACCCCCACCUGCUUUCUGAUAUCCAAAAAUCCUUUGUUAUAUAGUUUGGUGUCCAAGAGGGUUGCGUCCAAGAUCGGCAAAUUGGAUGCAAUUAUUGGAGAAGAUCCAGGUCAACGAGGGAUCAAAGCUUUGUUUGUCCAAGAUGAACUCCUGCGUUCCUGUCUGGCUCUCUCCCAUGCAUCAUCUGUUGCCAUAACGACAGGCUUUCCCACGCACUACAUGCACAGUCCUCCUGAUGAGACUGAUGGCCCGCCUGGAGCUUUUGCCAUAGCGACCAUGCUGCAGUCCCUUGGCAAGCGCGUUACAAUGGUGACGGACCGGAGAGCCUUGGAGAUGAAUGGAGCCCUCAUCGAUAAAGCUGUGAAGUCAGGUGUUCUGAAGACCACCAUUCCGCUGGUCACCUUUGAAGACAGCGGUCCAAACGCUGCUCUUGAUUUUUUGUGUCACCACGGUGACCCCGCUAAGCCCAGGUACGACCACCUGGUGGCGAUAGAGCGCAGCGGGCGAGCUGCGGACGGGAACUACUACAACAUGAGGGCGAUCAACAUCAAACAUCUGGUGGAUCCAAUCGAUGACCUGUUUCUUGCCGCAGAGAAGAUCCCAGGAAUUACAACCACAGGCAUUGGUGAUGGCGGCAACGAGCUGGGGAUGGGGAAAGUGAAGGAGAAAGUGAAAAGUUUGAUGCCGAAGGGGGAUCUCAUAGCCUGUGAUGUCGCCGCCGACUACGCCAUCACUGCAGGGGUGUCCAACUGGGGAGGGUACGCUGUGGCCUGUGGCCUUUACCUGCUGAACACUUGUCCCACCCACCAGCGAUACCUAAAUAAAGGACUGGGAGUGGAUCACGUCACCCCAAAGGAUUUACAAGACUGGACCGCUAACCUGCCAUCCGUCAACAAGGAGGAGUCUAUUUUGUCAACGCUGGUGGAUUUCGGCAUUCGGAGUGGGAAAACUGGUCACCUGGCUAUGGAGGUGGAUGGUUUGACCUUUCACCCGUCACAUUCUGACAUCAUAACCAGACUCCUGGAGGUCACCCUGGGCUCAGCCAAGUAGCUUGUAUGCCAAUAGAUUGAGUUAUGUCAAUACUGAAUAGUCUGUAUGUGCGUAGUAUAUGAAAUUGUUGUUUUUGUUGAUGAUAAUAAGUUAGCAAUCAAUUCCCACAGUGAACCGGCCUUUCUGUCUGCGACCGUGGAUCUCAUCUAUGAUUCAUCUUAUACUUAAUAUCUUAAUCAUGUUGCGUCAUGGUUUCUGCUAUUCCGUCCAUUCUUUUCUUGUACUUUUCCACUGUGACCUUUUGACCCAAAUUGAAUGUGAUUUCCUGCUGCAUGAUAGCAGCAUCUGCCAAGAUGAAUAUACGCAUACAACGCAUCACACAUGAAUCGGUAUCAUUGAAGAGAUUACACAAACACACACACACAAUGCUAGCAUCCAGAGGAAAAGAUUGGAUUACAAAAUAAAUCCGGUUUUCCUAAGUUACCUGACCACUGUUUUGUGAAUCUUUUAAAACUAAUAAACAAUUUCUCACAUUCAGUUCAGCCAACCACAACACAAA